AUGACGUUCAUCCACAGACUGCCACUGCGCAUUGUUUCUAGCAUCUUGGACCAGCUAGACACCAUUGCAGAGCUUGACAUUGCUAUUCGAAGCCACCGCAUAUUCUACAACUCUUUCAAAUGCAAUGCUCAGACAAUAUGUCGCAGCAUUCUAUCAAGCCAAAUACCACCCGACUUGUUUCCGUACGCGAACGCACUCCUCGAAUCAAAUGUAGUCGACCCAAGCAACCAUGAUUCCGUCAAAGAUCUUCUUCGACGACUGGAAUCUCGCAUCAAGAACGAUCCUAAAUCUUUGGAACAUUUCCCCGUUACUGCGUAUGCUGCUCUCAGCCGUGCUUUGGCAGCUAUCGAAAUCUUGAGAGAGGAUUUGGUCUCGGAGGCGCUUCCCCUGUUCAAGAGUAGCUUCGAGGCAGACCAUGCGUCAGGGGCAUCGCAGCAGGAAAUCUUCCGGCUCAAUAGAGCUUUCAUGAGAUACCAGAUCAUGUGCAACCUAUUCUGCACCCCCUAUGACGUGGGCAGUCGCCUUAUUGACGAAUAUAUCACAUGA